AUGACCAUUAGGCUGAUGAGUCGUGGCAUCCCCUACAGUCAUACUUGCGAUGUGGUCAAGAGCUCUGAAGUAAGCAAACUUCCCGACGGUCAGGUCAUCACCAUUGGUAACGAGCGUUUCCGUGCCCCCGAAGCUCUGUUCCAGCCUUCCUUCCUUGGUAUGGAAUCUGCUGGUGUUCAUGAAACUGUCCAUAACUCCAUCAUGAGGUGCGACAUUGAUAUCAGGAAGGAUUUGUUCGCCAACACUGUCAUGUCUGGAGGUACCACCAUGUACCCUGGUAUUGCUGACCGUAUGCAGAAGGAAAUCACUGCUCUUGCUCCUUCCACCAUCAAGAUCAAGAUUAUUGCUCCUCCUGAGCGAAAAUACUCCGUCUGGAUCGGUGGUUCCAUCCUGGCUUCUCUGUCCACCUUCCAGUCCAUGUGGAUCACCAAGGAUGAGUACGAAGAAUCUGGUCCCGGCAUUGUCCACCGCAAGUGCUUCUAAGCUAUCAUCACAGCAAACAUGUUGGAAAAUUGAAUAGAUUAAAUAAUAAA